AUGGCUCUGGGAGUGCUAAAUCCACAAGUGAAAAGUUCCCUGAGUGGGAGUGCAUUUUUAGACCACAGUUCUGUGGAAGAACAGGAAGCUCCACCUCCACUCCGCAGCUACCUUUGUUUGACCAUAUUCACCUGCUUUUGUCCCGCACAGCCUGUCAACAUUUUGGCCCUGGUCUUCUCUAUCAUGUCUAGGAUCAGCUAUGAUCGUGGUGACUACGAUGACUCUCGGAGGCUGGGCAGGAAUGCCCUGUAUGUUGCUGUUGCCUCCAUCAUCAUCGGCCUUGUCAUCAUCGCCACCACCUGCAUUGUGCAUUUUACCACCUUUUAGUGCUGUAGAAGUGG